GGGGAGAGACGGCGGCUGCUCGGGGGCUAGGGUUUUGUCGAGCCCGGAAUGCAAGUCCUUGUAUAGUACGAUGGGGUUCGGGUUUGGGGCGUCGGAUGGGGCUCGGACGGUGGUGAUGGGGUGACCGCCAGCGAGUUGGGCCGAGAAGAGUGGACGGGCCGGGCCGGGCCUCUAUAAUCGGCCCAAUGGCAGGGCGGGAUGCCUACAAAACAAACAAAAGGGCAAAAGGCCAGCUAGGCACAGAGCAGCAGAGAAUUCAAAUUUGCAGCGCCUCCCUCGGCCUCGCCUCGCCGGCGAUCACCACGGCUGCCGCCUCCUCCUCGCUCGCCGCUCGCUCCCGCUGCGGGAGCCGGCCAUGAAGCUUAAGAUCAACAAGGCGUGCGACCUCGGCUCCAUCUCCGUCCUCCCUCCCCGUAGGACCGGAGGGAGCGGCGGCACCGGAGGGGUGGGCGCUUCGGGUUCCUCCGCCGCGGCCCUGUCGGGGUCGCAGCAGCAGCGCUCGCAGCCGCUGUCCCAGCAGUCCUUCUCGCAGUCGCAGCUCUCGCAGGGCUCCCUCGACGAGAACCUCCUCAGCCUCCACCUCGCGUCGCCCGCGCGCGAUCAGAGAUUCGGGUUACAUGAUGACUCAUCAAAGAAGAUGCCUUCCUUGCCUGUCAACUCGGCUUCUUGUGUGCGAGAAGAAACUCAGCUGCAACUGGCAAAAAUACCAAGCAACUCUGUCCAUCGGUGGAACCCUUCUCCUCCCGACAGUAGAUGUCAGGUUCCCAAUGAAGAUGUUGAGCGCAAAUUUCAGCAUCUGGCAAGUUCAGUGCAUAAGAUGGGGAUGGUACUCGAUUCAGUGCAAAAUGAUGUUAUGCAGUUAAACAGAGCCAUGAAGGAAGCGUCACUAGACUCUGGCAGCAUACAGCAGAAGGUUGUUGUCCUGGACAAUUCACUGCAGAAAAUUCUUAAGGGACAAGAUGAUCUCAAAGCACUUGUUGAGAGCAGCAUCAAAAGCAUUGCUGAUCAGCUGAGUGUUCUGAACUCCCACUCCAGCAAACUGGACGAGAUAUCCUCGACCCUUUCAGUCUGGCCGAAACAAAUAGAGAUAGAUUUAAGGCAACUUCAGAGUGACAUCUUCAGAAUUUUUACAAAAGAGAUGGAGGGGAUUUUUAGAGCUAUCAGAUCCCUCAACAGUAGGCCUGCUGCAAUUCAAAUACCAACAGACCAGAGCUGCACGACCCACGGAAGGCCACUGAUGCACCAACUACCCGUAGCAAAUGAAAGACCCCAGGUGAACCAAACACCAGUAGCAACCAUGGUGAACCAAACACCAGUAGCAAAUGGAAGACACCUGGUGAGCCAAACACCAGCAGCAAAUGGGAAAACUCUGAUGAACCAAACAUCAGUAGGAGAUGGAAGAUCCCUGAUGAGCCAAGUACCAGCAGCAAACGGAAAAUCUCUGAUGAGCCAAAUACCAGCACCAAAUGGAAGACCUGUGAUGAGCCAGAGACCAGGAGCAAACGGAAGGUCCCAGAUGAACCAGAUACAUACAGCAAGUGGAAAGCCCCAUACAAACAAAAUACCAGUACCAGAAGUGCAUCCUGCACCUCUGGCUUGCCCUGCAAAGAUGGCAUAUCCGCAUCUGAAGGUAGAAGAGGGAAAGAUGAAAGCGCUUCCUCAAAAGUUGACUGGUUCUAGAAGCAUGGUGACACCUAAACAGGAAGAGGUGCCAACCCGGACUGCGGCAGCUAAGAAGGCACCACCGGCCAUGGUAAUCAUCGACUCCGAUGAUGACCUGAACAAGGAAUGCCACCUCAUGAAGGAAGCCGCGGAAGAGAGCCAGCAGAUUCUGCGGAGGGCCAGGAAGCGGCGGAGGAGAGAGAUGCAGGCCAUUGUGCCUGCCACCUAAUCAAUAAUUAGGUAAUCGGAUCUAGUGAUACGCAGUAGUACGGAGCAGAUAGAAAGGAAUGCUGUAGAUAUUAUUAAGGCAGCAGGCCGGAAAAGGAGUUCUAUAUAUGUUUGUAGGAAAGAGUUGCGUGGUGGUGUGAUCCGAUUGAUUCAAAUUCGACUGGUAUUACCUUUGCAUGCAGCCCUGCAACUGCUAUGUCCCAUCCGCCGCACAUAUAUCCUAUAUAUUGGACGGAGGAGUACUAGCGACCACCCAGAUACAGAUACAGUCUGCCUGCAAGCCACCAUAUGCAAAUCCGGAUC